GGACAAUCAUCUUCGGUUGCAGCUUCAAGGAUAAGAAGGGAUAGUUGGGAUCUUCGACACCGCCGUGACCGCUUCACUUCUGCUACACACGUUCACCUAAUCUCCAACUCACUUGGUCUAAUCUCACCUCACUUCUUCUACAGUGUUAUCCCAUCUGACCGCCCUUCUCCAUCUCAACACCGCAAUCCCAUCCCCUUUGAUACAUAUGAACCCUCCUCAAGACUAUCUAGACCAUUCACUUGUACACACCAUCCAUUAGCUCUUCUCAAUCAUCCUCUCCCACCUUUCAUCUGUACCAUCAAUAUAUCUCCACAUCCAUGGCUGCUCCUCGUGCUUCCUCUUUCAAGGCUCUACGCAACCUUCAGAGAGUCAACGGCUCGGCUUCGGUCAAACGCAGCCUCCAUCUCACGGGCUCUCACGCGUCCCCUCGUCUAGCCGCCGAUACCACACACAAGUCCACCUACCUGCCCUUGGCCCUGCAAGACCUCCGCCAGGAAUGCCAAAAGCGUUCCAUCUCUGCCUCAGGAACAAAGCAUGAGCUGAUUGAUCGCCUGGCGGGUCAUGACAACCUGCAGGCAAGAGCCCUCUCUAUCGCCAUGAAGCGGAUUGCCAUUGAGCAAACUCGUAAACCAGUCUCUGGACCCUCGGAUACUUCUCCUCAAAGGCACUUCAACACCACACGCGAGCUUAAAGCCGUUGGUGAUUCUUCCACCAUUGACUUUGCCUUCCUACCCAGGCUCUUUGAGAGCUCUUGGGGCCCCGAACCUGCCCUAAUUCGAGUUCCCAUCCUGCCAGAUAUCGACUCGGACACUGCAGAGGCCGCAUUAGAAAAAUAUCCUGAGCUUGAUGCUGCUGCGGGAGGCUAUCAAGACACUCCAGGCCAAGAUACUAUCCUCAAGGCCCAGAUUUCGACCGUCAACGGUGAUGAGGAUAGUCCCGCCAGCCCUUUCAGUGAUGUCCACGAUGGUCAUCAUGCAUCGGAAAUGUCUGUCGACGCCCUCACCAAGCUCGCCGAGACCGUCGGUAACAGCGCCAGACAAUUUGCCGAAAUGGUCAAAGACAAGGACGAAGCCACCGUCCGUAAAGUCUGGGCUGGGUUCCUCGACGAUCUGUUUGGUCCUUCCGACAAGAAAAAGAACCAGUAAUUGAUCAGUGUAGUAGACUACACAUCACGAUCAGUGCACUUUUCGUGUGACUGCGCCUGGGGUGGUUGGGACACGAGACCCGUUUAUAUUACUUAUAAUAUAUCUUGAAUUUUGAAUCAAGUGCAUGAUGCAUGGUGCAGGUGCACUGCUUGAACAAUGACACUUCCC